GCGGGGUCCUUUUGGGGUCCUUCCUUCCUUCAGCCUCGCUGGCCGCCUGACAGAAACGGGCUACACCGGGAAUCAAAAACGGUCAAAUAUACCGAUAUCUUCCCGGAACGGAGCAGCUGCUGGACUCGAUGAUGGGCAGCAGGACGAGCGCGAUAGCUGCGGGCGUUUGCGGGGCUCUGCUCGUCGGUUAUUGCAUCUAUUUUGAUAGAAAACGGCGGAGUGACCCCAACUUCAAGAACAGGCUGCGGGAACGGAGAAGAAAACAGAAAGCAGCUAAAGAGAGGGCCGGCCUGUCAAAGCUUCCAGACCUGAAGGAUGCAGAGGCGGUGCAGAAGUUCUUUCUGGAGGAGAUCCAGCUGGGGGAGGAGCUUCUGGCUCAGGGAGACUACGAGAACGGCGUGGAUCACCUGACCAACGCCAUCGCCGUGUGCGGUCAGCCUCAGCAGCUGCUGCAGGUGCUGCAGCAGACGCUGCCUCCUCCCGUCUUCCAGAUGCUGCUCACCAAACUGCCCAGCAUCAGUCAGCGCAUCGUGAGUGCACAGAGCCUGAGCGAGGACGAUAUAGAAUAAGGAGCGGAUCCUCCUCCUCCUCUUCCUCAUGUACCCUCUUCCAUCCUUCCAGCCUGCCCGUCCGGUGACUCCGCCGCUCCGGCCUUCACUUCCCACCAGGGUGGAACGAAGGGAUUUAGUUUUUUAUGCUGUCAGUGUCGGUUAUUUUAAACAUUAAAUACCCGUUUUGGGGUAUCAGAAAAAAAUCAUGUGAUGAAUUUAAUGUUCACGCGUGCAGAAGUCUGGAAAAUACAGGAAGUCAUUUGUAAUUGGACUCCUUCCUUCAGGGUGUAGGAAGCAUCACUCUGAAGUCUGACAUGUUUGUACCAACCAUCUUCACUACGACAUCAACUGUAGAGCGGCAGAGGUCGAGUCGUCUGGAUACUUGGAGUAUUUAUUAUCAGUUAUUGUUGCUUUCAGUUCAACUUGGAAACACUUUUUUAAAGUGAUUUAAAAAAAAAACAGGUUAUGUUCAGAUAAAAGAAGAUGGCCCUUUUGGGGAAAAUAAAACAUUCAAAAAGUC